UCCAAGUGACAAGAAAACACUUCUUAUUAUGAAUUGGUUUGGAAGUUACUUCUCUAAGCGUCCUGAGGAUGUUUCCUUACUCAACAUACACUCACCUCUGUUGUCACUCAUAUCAUCUGAAGAUGAACAACGUUUUAUUUCCAACUUGAGGAGCCAUGGACCAGCCCGCGUGGUGGUGAAGCAGCCUGUCCGGGGAGCCAGCAGCAGGACCACAAUCACAGCCAUUGUCCAGACUGGUGGAGACUGGAAGACUGGCCUCUUCAGUGUCUGCAGAGAUAGGAGAAUUUGUUUCUGUGGUCUAUGUUGUCCGAUAUGUCUUGAGUGUGACAUCGCCAGGCGCUAUGGAGAGUGUCUUUGUUGGCCAUUGUUACCUGGGUCCACAUUUGCACUGAGAAUUGGCACCAGGGAGAGACAUAAAAUACAGGGCACUCUGUGCGAGGAUUGGCUGGCGGUGCACUGCUGUUGGCCUUUUUCCAUCUGUCAGGUGGCCCGGGAACUCAAGAUGAGGACCUCCCAACUGUACGAAAUCUGUGCAGUCUCUUCCACUAAGGACACAGUCAUUUGACAAAGCAAGACGGCUCCUUCUCCUCACUCCCCCAAACCAUCCUCUCAAACUCCUUUGGUAGAAAGAUUGUGUUUCUUCUUAAGUUUUCACUGAAACAGUAUGAAAAUAAAUUAUUUUCCUCCUACUGUC